AUGAUUAUUGAAAGCGACUUGGAAAACUUAAAUUUACCUUAUUUUGAUAUCAAUCAACUUAAAGUUAUUAAGAGAAUUGGAAGUGGAGCGUUUGCAGAUGUGUACCAAGCCGAAUUAGCAAACUCGAAUUUAAAAAAUUUAAAGUGUACUGCAUUGAAAGUCUUCAGGCCAUUUGAAGAAUCCGAAGCUUCUCGAAAAGCUAUACUAAAAGAGAUUGCAUCACAUAAAAAAGUGGGUGCAGAUGAUAAGGUUAUACAACUUUAUGGAUUCACUAAAAUGAAAGGUUAUAUUACCGUUACUUUAUUGAUUUCUGGAUUAAUCAAUGUUUAUGAUUCUGAAUUGAGUUAUGCGUUAGUAUUAGAAUUUGCAGAUAACGGCACACUAAGGAAUUACUUACAGAAAAAUCCUGAUCUCACCGACUUUGGACUGUCUAGAUGUUUAACUGAUGCAUCGAAAACCACCACAUGGCUUGCUGGCUAUUUGGCAUAUAUUGAUCCACAUAGCCUCAAGAAUUCUGAAAAGAAAUCACAAAAGUUAAAUAAGGAGUAUGAUAUAUACAGCUUAGGUGUGCUCUUAUGGGAAAUAUCCAGUUUACAUCCUCCAUUUGAUGGACAAAGUAAAAACGAUCUGUAUAUUCAGAUAUUAAAUGGUUGUAGAGAGACACCUAUUUUAGGAACCCCACAACAAUAUCUUGCUUUAUAUACUG